UUUGACAACUAAGUCCAUGUUACCAUUUCCCCCUCGCUCUUCUCUUCCUCUCCAGAUCUUCAUCACACGGAUAGACAGGGACAGAAAGAAAUGAGUUUGAAUCUUGACUUCCAACAGCAACAACAACAGAAUCUAACACUAAACCAGCUUUAAUUUCUUGCAUCUUAGCUAUUUCCUCUUUCAAUUUUCCCAAAUCAAAGUUCAGUCUUACUAGAUCAUCACCAUGUCCUGUCUAGCCCUCUCUCUCCAACCCGCCAACGGAUCCGACAUCCUCCUCCAAACCCGAGAGUGGUUCCCACCCGCCCGCGCCCUAGUCGCUACCUCUGCCUUCCGUAAAACGCGAUUAUCAUUUUCCACCUCCAAACAGAACCCCAACCACCUCUGCACCGAGGAAACCUCCUCCGCCGCUGCCGAAUCAAUCGGCGACGAUCCACUCGCUGCCUCUAGCGGACAACUCAUCGUCGGCGUUGAAAGCCGUUAUCGUGUCGUCUACCGGUUAGUAAACGGAAUUUAUGUUUUGGGUAUCACAACAGCUGAUCAAGAUAAUUCCAUUAAUGUAUUUGAGUGCAUUCAUAUUGUUAAUCAAGCUGUUAGUGUAAUUGUGACGGCUUGUCGCGGUGUGGAUGUGACGCCUGAGAAGCUGAAUCGAAAAUAUGCGGAGAUAUAUAUGGCGUUGGAUAUUGUAUUGCGUGGGGUUAGUAAUAUUAGACUUGCUGCUAUGCUUGGUUCUAUGCACGGAGAUGGCAUUGCCAAAAUGGUACAUUCUGCUUUAGAUACUGAGAAUAAAAUUAGAGGUGCUGAUAAUUGGGUAGCUCAGGAAGUUCAUGCUGUUGAGCAUCAGGCUAGUAUCGAGGCAUUUUCGAGUGCGACCUUUGAGUUGCCUCCUGAGACUAUUGCUGCAGGUGAUGAGGUGGCGGCAAGUAUUGCGCCUGUUCUAACUGAGCAACUUGAUCAGAAGCAAGAGAAACAGGAGGAGAAUGAGGCUCCCAAGGAUCCUUUUGCCGCUAGUGAGAUGAUCAAUAAGGAGGAGGGUUUGGCUGGCGAGUUUAAGAAAGAUAAGAGUCAGUCUACUGAUUUACAAUUGGCAUUGGCAGGGUUGGAAGUGACUACAUUGCCUCCUGCGGAGGCGACACAAGCUACGCAUAUUAGUGUGGAGGGAUUUGAAGGGGAUUAUGGUGGUAUUGAGUUUAGCAAUGAGCAGGCUUCCUUAGGAGAAACUUUUGAAGGGUUUGGUGAGGCUUGGGGAGGUGGAUUGGAUGCAUCAGAGUUUGUGGGACCUAAGAAGAUACUGAAACAGCAAGGUCUAGGUGGACUUGAAUUGUUGCAAACUGGAGCUGAUCCAGCUGCCGCAGCAAAGGCUGCUGCAAGUGGAGCAGCAGGCGGUACUCCUCUUGAGAAUCUUUUGGUUCAGAAAACUGAAAUGAAAGGUCCAGAGAUGUACAUCAUUGAAGAAAUUAGUGCAGAGUUUAGAGAAUCAUUGCUUGCUAGAGUUGGAUUGAUGGGUGUGGUUUAUUUGAGAACAUUGCCACCAAAAACUGCUGGUGAUAAGGAAACUGAGUUUUCAUUUCGAACUAAUAACACGAGUGCUGUUAAGAGACUUAUUAUACAAAGUUCUAGAGUUAGUAGCCUUGGUAAUGGGAUGUUUCAUGUGAGAACUGCACCAUCUGAUGAACCUUUACCAAUAUUGAAAUAUAGUCUGCUACCUAGGUUAACUCCAUUGCCAUUGAGAGUUCGCCUUAUACAACGACAUAGUGGCACUUUGCUUUCUAUAAUGAUUCAGUAUGUUUCAAACCCAGAUUUGCUAGUUCCACUGAGUGAUGUAACAUUUAUAUUGAAAUUACCAGUUGACCCAACAUUGUUGAAAGUUACGCCUAAAGCUGUGCUGAAUAGGACUGAGAGAGAAUUGAAAUGGCAUAUCCCAGAGAUUCCACUCAAAGACCCUCCUGGUAGGUUGAGGGCUAGGAUGCCUGUGGACUCUAGUGAGGGAGACAGUGAAGAAGGGAUUGAGGUUUUUGGUUAUGUUAAAUUUUCCAUGCAAGGAGCUACUUCUUUAUCUGGAGUUUGUUUGCAGCCUGCUUCAGAGGGUAAGACAGACUUUUAUGAGUCCAAAGUGCCCCCAAGUUAUUUAUUACCUGAAAGUGGAGUGGUUAAGUCUGCUAUCUUCUCUUUUCUCCAAGUUUGCAAGUCACGUCAAUAUAAUUCGGGCCUGAAAUGCCUGCCACCUAAGCUAAUCAAAUAGAUCAAUAUCCUCAAAACAGUGUCUGGUUACCGUGCAAAGUAGAAUGGUAAACCUGCGGUGGAAAAUAGCCCUUGAUACCUGCAAUUUCUUGUGUUACAGCUUACUGAUCAAUCUUUCACACAAGCUAUAGUUAAUCUAGUUCUCUUAGUUUUAAAAUGAAAUUCAAAAUCAGUUCUAAUCAGGCUACAUGAAGGAGGUAGCUCCCCUCUUCUAUUUUCAGUUGCUUGGAAUUAUUGUGCUGUUAUUGAUUCA